GACCGCACCACCAUUUUCGAUGUGUGUGCUGGGAAACAGAGAGAGGUGCGGUGUUGCGUGAUUGACUGAGAGUGUGUUUGUUGUGUUUUAGAGAUUGUUGUAACGUAGAGAAAAUUCUCUACUCUCUCGAGCGCGAGUCUUUAGCAUUUUUGGAGUAUCGUAAUUCGGGAAAUCGAGAAAUAUGUCCUCCUACAUCCAGGUCGCGGAAGACGAGGGAGAGGAACCGAUCGAGCUGCCGACUGAGGAUGAUGGUACACUCUUGUUGACGACUCUUUCAGCUCAGUUCCCGGGAACCUGCGGGCUCAAGUAUAGAAAUCCUGAGUCCAGGACGAUGCGUGGCGUUAGGCUCGUUGACGGACGGCUACAUCCCCCUGAAAAUGGAUGGGGCAAAGCGGUCUAUUUCUGUGUCUUUCCAAAAGAGAACAAACGUAAAUCGGAUGACAAUUUGGAGAAUUCGACAGCAAAAACCAAGAGAAUGGAAACAAAAUUACGGUGCACCGACUUGAUUGUCCUCGGCUUGCCGUGGAAAACGACUGAACAGAAUUUACGUGAAUACUUCGAGACCUUUGGGGAGGUCUUAAUGGCCCAGGUGAAAAAGGACGCGAAAUCCGGCCAGAGCAAGGGAUUCGGUUUCAUCAGGUUUGGAAGUUACGAGUCGCAAUUACGAUGUCUUGCACAGCGACACAUGAUUGACGGCAGAUGGUGCGACGUCAAAGUUCCAAACAGCAAGGAGGGAAUGAUUCAGCAAGUGCCCUGCAAGGUAUUCGUGGGACGCUGUACCGAAGACCUAACCGCCGACGAUCUGCGCGACUAUUUCUCCAAAUUUGGAGAGGUCACGGACGUUUUCAUCCCGAAACCGUUCCGCGCGUUCUCGUUCGUGACAUUCCUCGAUCCCGAGGUGGCCCAGUCACUUUGCGGAGAAGACCACAUAAUCAAGGGUGUCUCCGUUCACGUGUCCAAUGCAGCACCAAAGUCCGAGGGGAACAACCGGAACUUUAACAACCAGAUGAACUCGAACAUGCGAGGCAGAGGAAUGCCGGGUCCAAUAGACAACAAUAUGCAGGGCAACUAUCAGGGCAAUCGAUACAUGGGCCAUUCCGGAAACAACAUGGGUCCCAAUGGUUGGAACAAUCCUGGCAAUCGGGGCAAUCUUGAUAUGCCAAACCUCCAGGCGCUUGGUAUCACCGGGCAGAACAAUGGGGGCGGUGGAGGUGGCGGAAUGUCGAAUCCGUUGGCAAUGGGGGGCUUGAAUUUGUCCGCUUUGCCAGUCAAUCCUGCCCUGGUGGCCGCUGCCUUGAAUCAAGCCUCCUGGGGUCUCAUCGGUAACUUGCAGAACCAGGGAAACGAUCAGGGCUACUCGAAUCAGCCAGGACCUCCCGGGCAGCCUCCUUCCGGAAAUAAUAGUCUUGGGAAUAGCGGCAAUUCGGGGUUUCUGAGCUGGAUGAAUCAGGGCGGCGGGGACGGUAACUCUGGGAAUCCUGGAUCCGCCGGACCCGGACCGAACAAUCCUAAUCCAUCCCAGGGUGCCUGGCAAAAUCAUCCUGGCAAUCGUGACAAGUCGAAUACAUUUCUUAAGUACGAGUAAAUUUAGACGGGACUCUGAGUCUACUCGUAAAAGACGGGCCCGGUCCCUGAGUCCCGAAGCUUUGGCGUUGGAGAAUUGCAGAGGUCAGGAGAAUCACUUUAGGAGCAAGAAGCAGAUGGGAAGGACUCUAAAGACUUUGGUGGACGGGAAUACAGGGGUCAAGACCAAAGCUGUAUCCUAGGAGAGAAUUUUUUAGGAUUCGAGAAUUAAGGAUGAGACUCUGAGAAUGAUUUUCUGAUUGAGAAUUUGGAUUAUAUAUGUCUUUUUGAUUUAAGCAAGCAAAAAAAA